AUGGCCAAGCAUUUCACGCGAAGGCACCCGGCCCGGCCAAAAUUCCAAAGUAUGACGGACAUGCCGUCCCAAAAGACCUUCCGCACCAAGCGUAUCCUCGCCAAGGCCGCCCGGCAAAACAGGCCUUUGCCUCAAUGGUUCCGUUUGAAGACGGAUUCCAAGAUUCAGUACAACGCAAAGCGUAGGCACUGGCGCCGCACUAAGCUCAACAUCUAA